GUGAGGGAGCGGGGGGUGGGGAUCGGUCCGGGGGAGGCCUGGGACCGCUGGCUCGUGCGCCGUCUCGGCCGCCCCCCCUUUCGCUGCCGCCGCCGCCGCCGCCCCGGGCAUGUCGUCCAACUGCACCAGCACCACGGCGGUGGCGGUGGCGCCACUCAGCGCCAGCAAGACCAAGACCAAGAAGAAGCAUUUCGUGUGCCAGAAAGUGAAGCUAUUCCGGGCCAGCGAGCCGAUCCUCAGCGUCCUGAUGUGGGGGGUGAACCACACGAUCAAUGAGCUGAGCAAUGUCCCUGUCCCUGUCAUGCUAAUGCCAGAUGACUUCAAAGCCUACAGCAAGAUCAAGGUGGACAAUCAUCUCUUCAAUAAAGAGAACCUCCCCAGCCGCUUCAAGUUUAAGGAGUACUGCCCCAUGGUGUUCCGAAAUCUCCGGGAGAGGUUUGGGAUUGACGAUCAGGAUUACCAGAAUUCAGUGACACGCAGCGCCCCCAUCAACAGUGACAGCCAGGGCCGGUGUGGCACACGUUUCCUCACUACCUAUGACCGGCGCUUUGUGAUCAAGACUGUUUCAAGUGAGGAUGUGGCUGAGAUGCACAACAUCUUAAAGAAAUACCACCAGUUUAUAGUGGAGUGUCACGGCAAUACCCUUUUGCCACAGUUCCUGGGCAUGUACCGCCUGACCGUGGAUGGUGUGGAAACCUACAUGGUGGUCACCAGGAACGUGUUCAGCCAUCGGCUCACUGUACAUCGCAAGUACGACCUCAAGGGUUCUACUGUUGCCAGAGAAGCGAGUGACAAGGAGAAGGCCAAGGACUUGCCAACCUUCAAAGACAAUGACUUCCUCAACGAAGGGCAGAAGCUGCACGUAGGAGAAGAGAGUAAAAAGAAUUUCCUGGAAAAACUGAAACGGGACGUAGAGUUCCUGGCCCAGCUGAAGAUCAUGGACUACAGCCUGCUGGUGGGCAUCCACGACGUGGACCGGGCAGAGCAGGAGGAGAUGGAGGUGGAGGAGCGGGCCGAGGAUGAGGAGUGUGAGAACGAUGGGAUGGGCGGCGGCCUGCUCUGCUCCUACGGCACGCCUCCAGACAGCCCGGGCAACCUCCUCAGCUUUCCCCGGUUCUUUGGACCUGGGGAAUUUGACCCCUCUGUUGACGUCUAUGCCAUGAAGAGCCAUGAAAGUGCCCCCAAGAAGGAGGUGUAUUUCAUGGCCAUCAUUGAUAUCCUCACGCCAUAUGACGCUAAGAAGAAAGCUGCACACGCUGCCAAAACAGUGAAACAUGGGGCGGGGGCCGAGAUCUCGACUGUGAACCCUGAGCAGUACUCCAAGCGCUUCAAUGAGUUCAUGUCCAACAUCCUGACGUAGUUAUCUUCUACCUUCAGCCAGAGCCAGAGUGCUGGAUGUGGGGUCGGGGACUGGAAGAGAGAGACGGUGUUAUUUGGGCUAGAUGGGAGGGCGGGGAGCAGAGUGGGGGUCAGGGAGGGCUUUAGCAACGUGACUGCAGCCUGUGACUGAGAGAGACUCUAGCAGGAGGGGAGGGGAUGUACCAUGCAUGCGUGUGCUCACAGGAUGUAGCCUCAUCUGCUUACCCUUGAUUUCCCCCCAUUUGACCUAGGUUAAAAAGGUGUUUCCUUUUUGUUACCUUGUAACGUUUUAGGAUACCUUGGAGCUAGAGAUGAUUUUCUGGGUUUCUUUGGGUUUUGUUUCUGAAAUUUCAUUGCUUCAGAUUUGCUAUUUAUAAUGAUUUAUGUCAUCACCCUACCCACCAUCCCCGUCCCUGCUCUGCUCUCAGUUCCCUCAAUUAAAGAAGCACCCACAGGCCCAGCGAAGGGUCCUCUCAGAGCAAAAUGCUCUGGUGCCAGAGGAGAAGAGGUUAAACACCUCGGCCCUGCUGCAUUUGAUCUUGUCUGGUUAACUUUUAAUUUCAUGGAGUAUUGUGCACAGCUUACUCUACCUUUUUGGCCUCAGCUCCAAGUGAAAUGUUACAUAGUUCCUCCAUCUAAAUGCUCUCCCUCCCAAAGGCAUGCUCCAGGUCAACAUCAAGCAUCUUGGAGCAGAAUCAAAGAUCUCAGAGGGGAAUGAGUUCAUCCUCACGGGAUGGUCAGGGGUGGGGGACCACUGGUUCUCAGAGAACCCCAUGAUCAUCAUCCAAGCCCCGGGCUUUUCACAGCUCCUGGAGUGUAGACAUCAUCUCUAUGAAUGAAGCCUGUCUCCCACUGAGUCAAGAGGAACUAGAAAGCACCUCUGGAUAUAACAGGACCCUCAUGCUUACAUGGUUAUUUCCCCUUGAGAAAACUCCAGAAAAGCUGAUGAGUAUCAAAUGAGGUCUUGUGCCCUCCAUCCAUUUACUUUCUUCCUUCAGAUCUUCUCCCAGGCAUUCUCAUUUGUAGGUGAGCUUUUAGCUGGGGACAGGUCUCCAUGUGCCUGGGGCGCUCCUUCCAGAGAUACCUCUUCAAGCCCCAGGGCUUCCAUGCAGUAAUGUGUCACCCGGAUGGUUGUGGCCAGCAGGAAUGGUGUACCCCACCCUCCCCUUUGGAGUGUGCCACCCAAGCCUGAGGUUGCUUCUGAGUCACUUGAGGAUCUGGCCUGGGAAAUACAAUUUGGAGGCCUGAUGUGCAAUUCAACCUGGCCCAACCUUGGAACUGUUUUUCCUUGAUGCACCCUCUAGACUUUUUGCAUAUCUGCCACCACAGGCCUCAGGAGUGGCAUCUGGCUGCUUCCUUUCAGGAUCUCUACCACCUUCUGAGCCUGCUACUGAGGCCUCAGAACUGCGUCCUUUUAUGAGGCCAUCAGAGCAGUCUGGCCUGGUCAGGAGAGAAAACAACCCUGUGCUGGGGGAGGUACAUUCCUGAGUCUUCUCACCUCCUCACCAGGAACUGGGGACUUGGGAUGAGAUGUGGUAAAACUUGUAGAUAACUCUGCAAAUGGAAAGAAAGUUUGUGGAACCAUUUUGAAUGGAUGGAUUGGUUUCUUUGGCUUUCUUCAACCUGGCCAAGCUCAGCUUCUGAAGCAGGAACCAGCAACAUCUCUAUGCCCGAUGCACAGCAUUUAGGUCAGGGGGGAAUAGAGACCACAUUCUUGGACUACUGGGCUAUCAGAACCCUUCCAGAGAGGAAAACGAGCCAGACAACUGCCCUGGCCCCCCGAAAGGGGCUGUAGGUAUCUCUGGAUGUCAGCGGCAAGACUGCGAGGUGACUUGGGGAAGAACUUGUACCAAGUGGCUCAUGGAGAAAACAGAUUUGACUUAGGGAGAGAUUAGUAGGAAUAAUGUUUGGACUUGAUUUCCCCACCUUCUAAUCAAGAAUGAAAAUUUGAAUCUGCUCCGGGUCGGGCCCAGCAACUCCUGAGCUUGGCAGGCUGUCCUCUCGGGGCCUCCACAGCCCUGGGUUGUCUCCAGCUUCCUGCCAUUUGGUCUGCUGAUCAUGUCCCCGGUAAUGUGUAUGAAAAGUGUAACCAAUUGUUCCCAGUUAAAGGUGAGCUAUGAGAUAUCUAACUUCUUUAACAUUGAGUUUUUGUGGGGUGUGUGGUUUUGUUUUUUUUUUUUUUUUUGUAUAUUGUUUACAUUUUGAGAGGUAGCAUUCUGUUUUAAAUGCUCUUUUUGUUUUUCUGACAGUAUUGUUGACUGGGUCAAAACAUUUAAGCUGUGGUUUGGUGGAUUUUAAAUUUUUUUUAAAGGUCAUUCUCUGUGCUAUCUUCAAAACCUUGGGUUUGGUCCUUUAAUUCCUUUGGCAUUCAAAUGUUUAAAAGCCGUUUAUCUUGGUUUAUACAAGGUUUUUCUCUUCUUUUUGUAAGGAAGAAGAUGUUAAAUUUGGUUUGCAGUUUGAAUGUAGAGAAAGUGAAGUGAUCCCCAAAUUUUUGUCUGCCCCCGCUUUUUUCCCAGUCCUACCAUGCCUUGUCUGGGCAGUAGAAGGCAUCCAGGGGCAAGUGACUACCCUCAUCAUCACUCUGGAGCCAAGAAGAAAAGCUGAAUGGUCUUAUGGCAUCCCAGAAUAAUUUGGGGUCUCCCAGGAACAAAGGCAUAAGAAUAGGACACAGCUGACUGGAUGAGGCCUGGAUGGGGAUAAGGGAGGAUUCCCCUCCAUUCUCUCCCUCUACCACUUAACCAGUCACAGCUUCUCCCAUCCUGCCCCUCUUCUUCUGAAAGUCUGUGCUGAGAAAACUCUCAUCUCCCAGGUCUCCCCACCAAAGCGAGAGUUCCCCUGAAAACUCCACCUCAACCACUAGAAGAAGGCCUCUGGCCCUUGUUCCUGUUAAUGAACCACUGAGUCUUCAUCCCCCAGUACGAGCUCCUUCCCUGUGCCUUCCAGCGUGGGGGCUGCGGGGCAGGCUAGGAAGCCAGCAGUUCCAGGGGCACAGCCCGAGGCAGUGCUCGAUGUCUCAUUAUUUAGCUCAGGGGUAACUGGUCUGUGGCACGUGCUACAAGUCACCCCUGUGGCUGAGUGGCACUCCCUAGGUCCCCACUACAGGCAGCUUUUCCUCCCUGCUCCCUCUCCUGUUUCUCUUGCCUGUGUUUUAGGCCUCACACAGGUUCCCUGGUAGUGCUCAGGGCUUGGGACUAUGCUCCUGCCCUGCUUUCUCUUCACAGUCUGCCAGGGUCUGCCCAGAGAGGUGGACCAAAGACCCAGGACUUUUUCUCAGUAGCCAAUCCCACCCUCCUCUGUCUUUUUAUCAAGUUGAAGAGAGAAAAUUUCAGCAAUCCCCAGCAUUUGAGCUACUCAAAUGUUAGGGUCUAGAAGGGACGGUGUGUUUAAAACCACCCUCAGAAGGCUCUGGCCUUAGACCUGUGGCUCCCCCAGUUCCAGGGACCCCACUUCUUUCUGGCAGAAAUGUGGGGAGGGGACUCCAACCUGAGCACAGGAAUCAAAGGGAAAACACAUUCAAACUGCCCCCAAAUCUACCAGCCAUCUGCAGGGGCUCUGUGACACAGCCCUGGCACCUUCUGAAACGUGACACUUACAAAGAGUGUCUCCAAAGGGAAGAGGAGACUUGGCUGUCCCUGGCAAUCGUUUGGAGGCUGGGGGAGGAAACUUCAGAGGAGUCCCUUCUCCUUGCUCAGAGCUAUUUUGGGAGGAAGUGGGGAACCAACAGCCUUUGGGGGUAAGGCCUGGUGCCACUCAGCACACCCAAGCAUCAGGUCAGGUCAUUGUAGUAAAAAAAAUGUGAAGUUUAGAUACAGCUUUUGGGGGAGCAGGAUAAACUACCACCCCACCACAUGUGUGUGACUUCUCAAUUUCCCAUUGCGGUUUCCAUUUUUUUAAAUAGGAAUUUUCAAACCCCUGUGCUUGUCUAAUGUCUGCUCGGAACAAUUCGAGACCCUGUUACUGUUUUAAGAUGCAUGCAUGUUAAAAGAUGAAUCUCCAACCCGAGGGAAAAAAUAAAACUCAAAAAAGCUUUGUGUACACA